AUGACAUACUUCUUGGCGGUGAUUCAAGAGCGAGUCUUCCAGCUUCCUCUCUUCGAGAAAAUUGUCGAAAUGGACGGCAACGCUAGAUUCAGACCUGUGCCACCGGAACGAAUCAAGCCCUUAUACAACAGAAUUCUUCGGGGUGGGCAGUGGAUACGGAUGAGGAAAGGAGAGCAGAAAGCUAGGAAAGAUAGAGAGUGCAACACACCGGAGGCUGUGUACAAAGCAAAACUCGUUAGUCUUUUAUUGAAAACUCGCUUCUCUCUGACAACGCUUGAGGUUGAGUGGCAGUCAGUUCAAAAGAGGUAUGCUGAGAUGUUUGCUGAUGAAAAUAGUGAAGACGGAAAACUUAUGGAAACCUUCAAGGCUUAUGGCUUGGAGUUCAGCCAGUCAAACUUGAAUAACGAGGUGUGCUUGUCCUUUGUUCUCUAA